AUGCUCCUUACGCAGAUUACAUUUCGCAACUCAUGGAUGCAAAAUGAUGUCUAUUCUCUCAAAGUGAAUGGUAUUUCGAAUGUUAAGAGUAACAUGGAUACUUCGCAACAAGAGGGAGAAGGAGGAGUGUUUUCAGAAUUCAACAUCAGCAAUCCUUAUCAAACUGGUCCAAUAGAAAAGAAUAAUGAGAAAAUUCAUUUGGGGAAGAUAACUUUGGAAGAAAAACUGAAUGAUUUGAAAGAAAAGAAAACUGGCCAAAAGGGUAAUAUAGCUUUUGGUUCAGGGAUAGGAAAUGUGAAGAUUGUGUCUGAAAAGGAAGAUGAAUUGAAUCCAAAAUUGACUAAGGAACAACAAGCCAAACAAGCAAAAUAUGAUGCGUUGCUUGAUGAACUCAAUGCCAUAAAUGCGAAGAUUAUUGCUGAGGAAGCUAAAAAGAAAAAUGUUGAAGCAACUCUUGCGAACAAGAAAGCAUUGUUUCCUCCUUGGUCACUUGAAAGAGUUGAAGAUGAACCUAUCGAAAGUCCAAAACUUUAUUGGUUGGAGCCUCAAACCUCAUUCUCUAUUGAAAAUGAUUUGGAAUGUCAAAUGGACUUACACAGUCAUGAAGUCGAUGAGUUUUCUCUAGCUGAUCUUCCACUGAUGAAUCCGUUUGAUUGGAUCUCAAUUCUCAACAUCAUUUCAAAUGAACCUGCCAUGUAUGAACCCAUUUGUUCGCAUAUGAAGAGAUUGAUUAAGGCGUAUAUCGUUGAAAUAUCGAAGAUGGAUGUAGAGAUUUCAUCUGAUGAAUCCUAA